CUUGUCCCUUCUUGUUCUCCCUUGGUUCAAGAUCUUUAAUUGAUCAAUUUAUAUUAAUUAAAUAAUAUUUAUUCCAUACGCUUCACUCCUCAUCUGUGGUGGCAGUCAGGGAUGCCGACGCCGGUAAAUAUGGCCCGGCAAUGCUUAGGUCCCGAGGCAGUACAAGUUUUAGACGAGGCGGUGUCCAUCGCUCACCGCCGUUGCCACUCUCAAACGUCGUCGCUUCAUGCCGUCUCCGCCUUACUCGCACUUCCUUCCUCCCCUCUCCGGGAGGCAUGUGGCCGCGCGAGGAACAGCACGUACGCGUCACGCAUCCAGUUCAAAGCGCUUGAGCUGUGCUUGGGUGUGUCAUUAGAUCGGUUACCGUCGACUCCGCAGCGAGUGGAGGAGCCUCCGGUUUCGAAUUCGCUUAUGGCGGCUAUUAAACGAUCUCAGGCGAAUCAGAGGCGUCAGCCUGAGAAUUUUCAUUUGUAUCAGCAAACGGCGGCGUGUUCUCCGUCGUCAGCUUCGGUUUCCAUGGUGAAAGUUGAGUUGCAGAAUUUGAUUCUGUCGAUACUCGAUGACCCGGUUGUGAGUCGGGUAUUUGGAGAAUCCGGGUUCAGGAAUUCGGAUAUCAAAUUAUCCAUACUUCGACCAAUUCAUCGUCAACUCCUUCGUUUUAAGGGCCAGCCGAUUUUCCUAUGUAAUCUAACCAAUAAUUUCAGUUUUCCAUUUCAUGGGUUUUCAGAAAACAACGAAAUCUGUAAAAGAAUCAACGAAGUUCUCGUUAGAAACCACGGAAAAACCCGGAAUAACCCACUACUUGUUGGUCCAUCCGCCAUUGAUGCAGUUAAGGUUUUCUUAGAAAUGUUACAGAAACCCAAAAUUGGUGCCUUUUCGUUUUGCCCACCAGAAUUAUUAGGUGUAACUGUUAUUUCCAUUAAAGAUGAGAUUCUGAAUAGUGGUAAUGGGAAUUCUGGCGCGACCUUGUUGAGAUUAAGGUUAGAGGAGGUGGGUAAUGUUCUGAAACAGAGCAUAGGGCCUGGUGUUGUAGUCGAAUAUGGAGAUUUGAAGGCUUUAACGGGCGAUAAUUCAUCAGACGCCGUCAGCUUUCUGGUAAAGACAUUGGGUGGUUUGCUGGCGGUUCACGGUGGCAGAGUCUGGUUGAUUGGAUCUGCAGAAAGCCAUGAGAUUUGUAUGCACUUUUUCAAGAAAUUUCCUACCGUUGAAGAAGAGUGGAACCUCCAUGUUCUUCCUAUCAAUUCAAUCGGACCUGGCAUGGCUGAAACAUUCCCAAAAUCCAGCCUAUUGGAGUCAUUUGUUCCAUUUGGAGGAUUCUUUUCUAUGCCAUCUGAUAUCAGGACUCCAUUAAGGUUCUCAAACCAUUCUGGAUCUCUAUGUCACAUUUGUGAUGACAAGCUUAAGCUAGAAGUAAAUGCUAUUUCUAAAGAACGACUAAAUGAGUCGGUUUCAGACCAUUAUCGAUCAUCCUUACCUUCUUGGCUACAGACUUCUCAACUUUGCGCAAACCCCGAAUCGGAUAUCGUGCAAACCCAAGACGAUCCUGUUAUUUUGAACGCCAAAGUUGUCGGCCUGCAAAAGAAAUGGCAGAGCAUCUGUCAGCGUCUUCAUCAUUACGAACCUUACAUGCAGAUGUUACCUAAAGCAACAUAUACUGUCGGACCACGUGUUCCUUCUGUCGUAGGCUUUCAAGUCCUCGAAACCACCAAUCAAAACACAUCUUCGAUCGAAAGCCAAUCCGAUGCAAUUUCAAAUCCAAACUCCCGAAUCGUUAAAGAUUCACCAAUCGUCUCCACCCUUUCAGCUUCAAGUGAUCGUUCGGUAACAACUGAUCUGGGAUUGGGGGUAAACCUUACUUCAUCCUCAUUCGAUCAGAAAGAUUCUAAAUUGUUGUAUUCUUCCAUGUUGAAAAGGGUUGGCAGACAAGAAGAGGCUCUUGGUGUCAUUAGUCAAACCAUAGCUCGUUGCAGAGCUCAACCGGCACCCAACCGGGGUGGCAUCUGGUUCGGUUUUGUUGGACCGGAUAGAGUUGCCAAAAACAAAACCGCUACCGCUCUUGCUGAAGUAUUGCUGGGUGACAGGGAGAACAUGAUCUGUAUCGAUCUAAGCAGUCAAGAUUUCAUCAACAGUUGUGAUCGAAAGUCAAGAGGGAAAAACGUGAUCGAUUUCAUCGCAGAUGAAAUUUCAAAAAAACCAUUAUCGAUUGUUUUCCUUGAAAAUAUCGAUAAGGCCGAUGCAUUAACUCAACAACAUUUGUCCCGAGCUGCAAGCACUAGGAAAUUUUCAGACUCCCAUUUCAGGGAAGUAAGCAUCGGCAAUGCGAUCUUUGUGUUGACUUCAAAAUUAUUUGGACACGAUCUUGAGGGUGUUGACUAUACUGAGGAAAAUGUUUUAAACAGUGGACACGGGUCCAUUCGCGUGUCGAUUGGGUUUGACCUCGGUGAAAUGAAACCGAGCCCAAAAGUGGUGCGGAUUAACCGACCCGGUUCACCGAUUUGCAAGAACAAGAGGAAGCUCAAUGGUGGCUUGGAGGCUGCAAAACGUGGCUACCGGACCACCACGAACAACCUCUACCUGGAUUUGAAUCUGGUGGCGGAAGACAGUGAUCCUGCUCUUGCAAACUCGAAUUCAUGGUUGGAAGAUCUUCUUGAGAAUGUGGAUGAAAAGGUGGUUUUUAAACCGUUUGAUUUCGAUGAAAUUUCCGAGAAGAUUGUGAAGCGAAUUGGUGAUUGUUUUGAGAAAGUUGUCGGGUCGGAUUGUUUGCUAGAAAUUGAUUAUAGAUUGAUGGAGCAGAUUCUUAAAGCUUCGUGUUUUCUGGAGAUGACAAAAAUGGAGGAUUGGAUCGAGCGGAUUCUAGGCGAUGCAUUUGCCAGAGCUCAGAGGAAGUAUGGACUUGGUUCUAACUCUGUCAUGAAGCUUAUGGUGGCUGAGCUGCUGGAGGAGCAGCCUGCCGGAGUUCUCCUUCCUGAUUCUAUCAUAAUGACAUGAUGAAGUGUAUAAUUUAGCAACUUAGUGUUAGUAAAUAGAGUUAUUUGGACUUUUUUUGACGUUUCUUCUAUUGUUGGGGUCGUGAAAACAGAUUCUUUGCGAAAAGAAGUACACGGAAACUCGUUUGUGGAAUAGGGUGUGGUGUUGUGUUUCCUUGAAGUCGGCUUCUUGGUGUAUAAUAGUCUAGAUGCAUGCUACAGAAUUAUGUGAGUUUCUAGGAUAGUUGUUUGUAUUGUCGAUGUAGCUUUCAUAUGAAAGAUUGUAAAACUUGUACCUUUUGUAUAUACUACAAAUGUUUAGGAUGGAAAUUAUGCUUUAAAUGUCUUGGUCU